GCACAGGACAUGGGCUGUAAGCAUGGCCGUGUCUGGGGUGCUCAGAAAUGUGAUAGUUUUUCUGAGAAGCGGCCUCUUCUUGGUGUGUGCAAAAGCAUUGGAUCUUCUGGCACGAGCCCACCCUACUGCUGUGUGGACCUUUAUUCUUUGCGAACAGGAGAGAUGGUCAAAUCCAUACAGUUCAAAACUCCUAUUUAUGAUCUGCACUGCAAUAAGAGGAUACUUGUUGUAGUCCUGCAAGAGAAAAUUGCUGCCUUUGACAGCUGUACUUUCACGAAAAAAUUCUUCGUUACAAGCUGCUAUCCUUGUCCUGGGCCAAACAUGAAUCCUAUUGCUCUUGGAAGCCGUUGGCUUGCUUAUGCAGAAAAUAAGCUGAUCCGAUGCCAUCAAUCCCGUGGUGGAGCCUGUGGAGACAACAUUCAGUCUUACACUGCCACAGUCAUUAGUGCUGCCAAAACGAUAAAGACUGGACUUACAAUGGUUGGGAAAGUAGUUACACAGCUGACAGGGACGCUGCCUUCAGGAGCUACUGAAGAGGAAAUUUUAGCUCAUAGCAACAUCCGUCGAAGUCCUCUGGUGCCUGGAAUCAUCACUAUCAUUGAUACAGAGACAGUUGCAGAAGGGCAGGUACUUGUCAGUGAGGACUCUGACAGUGACGGUAUCGUGGCCCACUUCCCUGCUCACGAAAAGCCGAUUUGCUGCAUGGCUUUUAACCCCAGUGGGAUGUUGCUGGUCACUACUGACACGUUAGGCCAUGAUUUCCAUGUUUUUCAAAUACUGACACAUCCUUGGUCAUCAUCACAAAGUGCCGUCCAUCAUUUGUAUACACUUCACAGGGGAGAGACUGAAGCCAAAGUGCAGGAUAUCUCCUUCAGCCACGACUGUCGCUGGGUGGUGGUCAGCACGCUCCGUGGCACGUCCCACGUGUUCCCCAUCAACCCCUACGGCGGGCAGCCCUGUGUCCGCACACACAUGUCCCCCCGCGUGGUGAACCGCAUGAGCCGCUUCCAGAAGAGCGCAGGGCUGGAGGAGAUCGAGCAAGAGCUGACAUCUAAGCAAGGAGGACGCUGUAGCCCUGUCCCAGGCCUGUCCAGCAGCCCCUCUGGCUCACCGCUCCACGGUAAACCCCUUU